GAGAGAGAGGGGGAUGACCAAAUUUACAACAAACCUUUUAUAUUACAUUUAUAUGUUAAAAGAUACAGAAAGUCAGACAAUACAAUAACUUAACUCAGAAUGUCUUAGAAUACCUUUAUUCUUGUAUAUACUGUUUCCUAAUCGAGGGAUGGAAGAGGAAGAAUCUAGCAUAGGGGUAGAUGCCUCGCCUGAUGUUCGAUGAGUCGCAGAAUCCUCCGCCCUCGGUGGACUCGUGUCGCUUUCAUGAUAUGUGUUGCCCUGUCUAUGGAAAAGCGCAUAUAAAUACCACUUGUUGUUUUUUGGAAAGAGUAACCUAUAAAAGGCUGCAGCGGAUUUCCUCGACCAAGUGUCGAAAUAACCAUUAUAUGUUAGAUAUCGAAUUGCCGUAGUUUAAAAUAUGCUGAGGUGUCGUUAAACAUAAUUAUAUUCCUUAAUAUUGCUAAAUAAGCAAUGUGUAUGUCCAGUUCUAUGGCGUAUAUCAAACGUGAGGGUGAUGCAUUUACAUAUUAACAAAAUGGUGAGUCUUAGAAGUCAGAAUUGAUAACAGGUUAAAUGCAUGUGUGUAUGUCUAGUCUAUGACUGUGGGUGUUUUUAACUAUCUAAAAUAUAGGUAUCUUUCAUGCACAGGGUUUAGGGAUGUUCAAAUGAACUUGACCUGCAGCUCAACAACAUAUUUUGCUAAAGAGAACACAAUACGCAAACCCCAGACAUCACCGCCAACAUCAACAUCUACAGAGGUGACUACAAGUGUUUCUGCAGAAUAUUCAUCUGAAUACGAUAUCAGUCAAUUGUAGAUGUCGCUGUUAUCGAGAACUACAAGCAUUCUACUAUAGCAAUGGCUGUUGUGACUGGAAUACUGUUCACUUCACUUAUCACAUUAUCCGGACUUUUCUGUUGGCAUCUCAAAAGACACAGAACGAAGUCCGAAUCUGCUGACCACGAAAUGGUGAACACAGACACCAGGCCAACAGUCCAAGAAAGAAACAUCAGUGAUGCAGUCUACGAAAUCAGUGACCCCAACCAAACAAACAACAUUCCACGCCUUGGUGACAUUUCUCCACAGAGAAACUAUGUUAAUUCUUCAGCAUCUCCUCGCCGCACGCCAGAGCAACAGAGUCCCCGUGGAUCCACGCGUAACGGCAGCUAUGUCAAUUCAGGACGCGAUGGUCAGGAUCACGAUUUAGACUCGUCUAGUAACAGAGAUUAUGUUAAUUCACAAGACAACCAACCAAAUGAAUACGAACACUUGGAUCCAUCUAUGACAUCACAAAAUGUAUAUGAAAAGUUGAAUGAAAAUACUAACAUUUAGGAUGCAGUCAAUGGGCUUCUCUAUGAACAACUGUCAUCUCAAACUGAGAUGUCAAGUGUGGAUGUCAUGAUGUCAUUAUCUACAGCAAACACCUGGAAUCCUUGACCAUUAUAAGUAUAACAGUAUAUGAAUACGACAGUGCAUCUGUCGAACUAGUCUGUUAUUUUUGUUGUGUACGAUUUUGUUUUAAUUAAUGGGAACUGUAGGUGUUAUCAUUUCGUACCAUGUUUUGGUUGUGUUCCCGUGGACAACAGUAUGCAGUAAAUCUAUAUAACCACACACUUUUUAAAUCCCAUUUCUCAAUGGGCUAAACUUCUUUUCUUACCAUUCAACGUCAUGUUACAAGUUAGUUACCGCAAAAGCUGUGGUGUGUUGGGUGUAUACCACCAAAUCCAAUCCCAUAGACGAAAAUAGUAUCAUAUAUGGCUAAACCUCCUACCUGCUGCAUAUCAAUCGGCAUGUAAACCAUGGAUAUAAGUACUAUAUCACCCCUCGCCCUUAAAGUAAACUAGAAAAACAUUGGUGGUUAAGCUGCUCAUUUCAGAAACAACGGGUAGCGUCUAUGAGUACCCUAGUUCCGCAUAAAAUGUUAGUACUGGGUUUUUUACAGGUACCCCAUACAUGUUUCAAGCACAAGGCUACUUCACACAGUGGUAUAGAUGAAAUAAAAUUGCAUACAUUUUUUUUUUAUCAUGAUGAGAUAUUUUUUAUUGCUUAGUCAGUACAUACACUGUCUGACGUAUGAACAAGUAACUAUGAUAGAUUUUGCCUUGCUUGUUAAUAGUUGUAUAUACUUUAGAACUAUCAUAUUAAAAUUGGAAUAUGUUAAUUAAUAUUAAAGUUUGUUUU